AUGGGGAAUUGGAUUUCUCAAAAGAUUAAAGGUUUAGAAACAUUUGCAUUUAAACGUCGGGGAAAAAACAUCGCUAACCGUUCUGACCCAAAUCAUCCAGAGAAUUGUUCUCCCGAUCAAUCAAUCACAACUACAAAUGUGGAACAGAUACCAACAUCACAGUCAGUUCUACUACCAACGACUACAAAUUCAUCAGUAACAAAUCCAACAGUAGAAGCAACGAAAUCACAAAUAGAAGAAUUGGCAGCACCAAAAAUCAAAGUAACAAUGACAUCAUCUAACAAAUGUAGUGAUUUAUAUUUGGCUUGUCGAAACAAUAAAAUUACAGAAGUUGAAAAUUUACUGGAAAAGAUAGAACGUCAAGAUAUAGACCGAGUAGAACCAAAUGGUAGUACGGCAUUACAUGCUGCAUCUUAUCAUGGUCAUGUAGAAAUCGUUAAAUUAUUAUUAGAAGCAGGAGCUGAUAGAACAAUACAGAAUAAAUAUAACAAUUUACCAUUUGAUGAAGCCAAAAAUGAUGAAAUCAAAAAACUAUUUUUUCGUAUACCAACUAGUAGUCGAUUGGUAUCGGAUACAGGUGCUGUUGAAUGGCAAUUAAUUGAUGAUGAUGAUAUUUUAGACAAAGCGGCGGAAGAGCGUAAAAUUAUUAAGUCACUCUACAGUACCAAUUCUAUCGCUAAAAUGUUUGAAAGAAUCGAAAAAAAUUACAUUAGUAAAAGUUUAGUUCACUUUAAUAGAAUUGAACAAAUCAAACGCUUUUUUCGUCGAGCAAUUGAAGAAGAAAAUCCAUUAUGGAUCAUCAAAGCUUAUACAGCUGAAACUGAUUUCUAUAAAGUUUUCAACAAAGAACUAGCAGGUGGUGGGAAUAAAUGUCUAAGUGAACGAAGAUACAUUAUUGCACUACUUUCACACCAUCCAAAGUUAGAUGAAUUCUCCUUCAUAGGCAUGUCUUAUCGAACUAUGCAAAUGACUGAUGAUGAUCUUCGAAAGUAUCAAGUUGGAUGUUCACUAAUGACAAAGUCAUUUUUAUCAUCAUCGAUUGAAGAAAAACUUGCUGUAUUAUUUUUAUAUCAACAAGAACUGGCACGAAAAGAAAGCGGUGAAAACGAUCGACUCAAAUCCGAUGGAAAAAAGAUCAAACAAUGGGUUAUGUGUACCUAUCAGAUCAAACAUCGACGCACUGCUUUGUACAUUGAAAAUACGUCUCAAUAUGCAAUGGAAGGUGAAAUACUGAUUAUGCCUUAUACAGUAUUUAGAGUGAAGAAAAUGGAAUCAGUCAAACGUCCUGAAUUAUCAGAUGAAGAUUUUCCUACUAUUGAAUUAGAGGAAUGUGAUCAGUAUUUAGAUAUAUAA